UUGGAUGUCCAUGUCCUACAAGCCGCAGCGAGACAUUAUAAAGUGGAGCGGUGCGACUGCUGCUUGUUUACAGCGCGGAUCCCACGGUGUGCGGCGGGGAGUUCACAGCGCUCACAGCCGUCGACCAGCAGCAUAACACAACCAGAGCCUCCAGCCCUCCACAACAGACCGCCUUGGAUCAUCACACGGCGAGUACACCUCAGCUUUAAUACAUUUCGCCAUCGUCCAUCCACGUUUUCCCUGUGAAACGAAGACGCAAUUCGCCAGUGCGUGCAGGAACUAAAAAGGACCGAAGACGUCGGGUAGGCUGCUGGUGCUGAACACGUUAUCCAGGACCUGACUGCGACGGGCAGAUAUUGGAGAUUAACUGUGUGUGUCGGUGUGUGUUUCCGAUGAGGAGGUUGUUUUCCCGUUCCUUCAUGUGUUCCACGCACUACGGACCGUAGUCUGGCGAUAUCCAGACCUAUUUACCCCGUUUUUUUUUUAAUCGGUUGCCCGCUAUUUUCAGCCUCUGCGAGGCUGGCAUUUCAAGAAAUGGAGUCGGAGGAUGCGGUUGAUCGCAAAGGGAUUCGUGAUGCGAUUUUUUCGGCACCGUUUUUCGGUACCACGUCGUUCUGCCGCUAGCACACGAACGCGCCACGACUAUGCCGAUUAAAACAAGAUUUAUCGCCCGAAGGAUAAAUCGGUGAUUUUCGCCGCGGAUCGACGGAGCCUGCCGCUCUCUCUCCCCCAAGACAUUCCACAGCAGCAGCACGAGACGAACACUGGGAGCUCGUGCGUGAGAGCCAGUUGAGCUAAGCUAAGCUAGCCGUGCUCCCCCCGUCCAUAAGACCCGCUAGAUCCACCGGGUCGCUGCUGAAGAACGACUCGUGUGUGUGCGUGUCUCUGCGCCCCCUCAUCACAUAGUAGCUAUCCCGUGUGUACACACGCCUACGGCCCCGGUGAGGAGGAUGAGUCGGCCGGGGACCAGGAGGUGUCUCACGGAGGGAGAUCCGUUGACCUUGUUCUGCUGGCUCCUGCUGAUCCUGGGUCUGUCCACGCGCUGCAUUCGGCCCGCAAAUGGAGAAAUCUGUGGCCCCAGCAUCGACAUCGGCAACGACAUCAGCGAGUUCCACCGGCUGGAGAACUGCACGGUGGUGGAGGGCUACCUGCAGAUCCUGCUCAUCGGCGACAAGAACAGCAACGUCGCCAACCAGGAGCUGUUCCGCUCGCUCAGCUUCCCCAAGCUCACCAUGAUCACGGACUACCUGCUGAUGUUCCGCGUCUCGGGCCUGGUCAGCCUCAGCACCCUGUUCCCCAACCUCAGUGUGAUCCGCGGCCGCAACCUCUUCUACAACUACGCCCUGGUGAUCUUCGAGAUGACCAGCCUGAAGGACGUCGGCCUGUACAGCCUGAAGAACAUCACGCGCGGGGCCAUCCGCAUCGAGAAGAACCCCGAGCUGUGCUACCUGGACUCUGUGGACUGGUCGCUCAUCAUGGACGCCGAGUUCAACAACUUCAUCGCCAGGAACAAGCAGGCGAAGGAGUGCAGCGACGUGUGCCCGGGUAUCAUGGAGAACCGCCCGCAAUGCGGCCGCACCAUGUUCAACCACAACUACAGCUACCGCUGCUGGAGCUCCAGGCACUGCCAGAAAGAAUGCCCUGAGGCGUGCGCACGGCGGGCGUGCACGGCGGCUGGGGAGUGCUGCCACCCGCAGUGCCUGGGCGGCUGCACGGCGGCAGCGGACGCCACGUCCUGCGCGGCGUGCAUGCACUACCACCACGGGGGCCGCUGCGUCCCCGACUGCCCCGCCGGCACCUACCGCUUCGAGGGCUGGCGCUGCAUCUCGGCCGAGCUCUGCUCCCGGGUGCACCUGCCCUACUUCGACCGCUUCGUCAUCCACGCCGGGGAGUGCAUGUCCGAGUGCCCCUCGGGGUUCACUCGCUCCACCAUCGACAGCAUGCGGUGUUCGGCCUGCGAUGGCCUGUGUGAUAAGUACUGCGAGGAGAAGGUCAUCGACUCGGUCGACGCGGCGCAGUCGCUGAAAGGCUGCACCGUUAUCAGAGGCAACCUGCACAUCAACAUCCGCAGAGGACACAACAUGGUGUCUGAGCUGGAGAGCUUCAUGGGUCUGAUCCAGAGAGUGACGGGCUACGUGCUGAUCAGACACUCUCACACCCUCAGCUCCCUGUCCUUCCUCAAGAACCUCCGCUACAUCGACGGAGAGGAGCUCCUGGACGAUUCGUACGCCUUCGCUGCGCUCGACAACCAGCAGCUGCAGUACCUGUGGGACUGGAAACGGCACAAUCUGACCAUCCGCAACGGCAGCCUCCUCUUCCAGGCCAACCCGCGGCUCUGCAUGUCGGAGAUCCACGCAAUGUGGAACAAGACGGGGGUGCGCAGCCACUUUGAGGAGAAGGACUUCCGCAACAACGGCGACAGAGCCAGCUGUGAAAGCACCGUGCUGCAGUUUAAGUCCAACAGCACCAGAAGUACCAGGAUCAAACUGACCUGGCUGCGCUACCGCCCACCCGACUACAGAGACCUCAUCAGCUUUGUCGUCUACUACAAGGAAGCACCCUUCCAGAACAUCAGUGCGUUUGAGGGCCAGGAGGGCUGUGGCUCCAACAGCUGGAACAUGGUGGACGUGGAGCUCCACGAGGACCGCGACGUGGACCCGGGCGUGCUGCUGUCCAACCUGAAGCCCUGGACCCAGUACGCCGUGUUCGUGAAGGCCAUCACCCUCAUGGUGGAGGACAAGCACACGCCUGGGGCCAAGAGCAAGGUGGUGUACAUCCACACGAGCCCUGCAGCGCCCUCCAUGCCUCUGGAUGUGCGAGCCUACUCCAACUCCUCCACCCAGCUGGUGGUGCGCUGGUCCCCCCCCCUCUCCCCCAACGGGAACCACACCUACUACCUGCUGCUAUGGCAACAGCAGAACGAGGACCGGGAGCUCUACAAGCACAACUACUGCUCUAAGGAACUGAAGGUGCCCAUCAGGAUCGCCGCUAAGGGGGUGGGGGACCAGGAGGAGGACUCCAAGCCCACCAAGCAGGACCAGGAGGGGGGGGACCCGGGAUCCUGCUGCCCCUGCCCCAAGUCGGCGGAGGACCUGGAGGCCGAGGCAGCGGACGCCUCCUACCGCAAAGUGUUUGAGAACUUCCUGCACAACUCCAUCUUCACACCACGCCCCCCAGACCGUCGCCGUAGGGACGUGGUCGCCGGGGCCCCCAACGCCACGGUGUCGCGCGGCGCAGAGCGGCUGUACGCCAACAGCUCGGUGGCCCCGCCCCUCCGCGCCGGCAGGCUGAACAGCAGUGGGCCGGCGCCGCUGGUCCCGCCCCUGCAGCAGUUCGACUUCAUGGAGCAGGAGGUGGGGGAGCGCGAGCUGCAGAUCUCGGGCCUGCAGCCCUUCACCGUGUACCGCAUCGACGUGCACGCCUGCAACCGCCAGGUGCGCCACUGCAGCGCCGCCGAGUGGGUCUUCUCCAGGACCAAGCCCGCAGAGAGAGCUGACGACAUCCCGGGACAGGUGACCUGGGAGGGCCACGAGGACUGGGUCUCCCUGCACUGGCCAGAACCCCCCCGGCCCAAUGGACUCAUCCUCAUGUACGAGAUCAAGUACCGCCUGGCCUCCGAGUCGGAGAAGCACGAGUGCGUGUCCCGUCAGAUGUACCAGGAGCAACGCGGGGCCCGUCUGUCCAACCUGACCCCGGGGAACUACUCGGCCCUGGUGAGGGCCACCUCCCUGGCCGGGAAUGGCUCCUGGACCCCUCCCGUGAGCUUCUACGUGGCAGAACGAUAUGAGAGCGUCCUCUACAUCCUGAUCUUCGUCUUCAUCAUCAUCCUCCUGAUCUGCAUCGCCAUCCCCCUGCUCUUCAUCUUCAACAAGAAGAGGAACAGCGAUCGGCUGGGUAAUGGAGUCCUCUAUGCGUCGGUCAACCCAGAGUACUUCAGCGCAGCAGAGAUGUAUGUUCCUGACGAGUGGGAGGUUGCCCGGGAGAAGAUCAAGCUGGCACGGGAGCUGGGCCAGGGCUCGUUCGGCAUGGUGUACGAGGGUCUGGCCAAGGGCGUGGUCAAGGACGAGGCGGAGACGCGCGUGGCGGUGAAGACGGUCAACGAGUCGGCCAGCAUGCGGGAGCGCAUCGAGUUCCUCAACGAAGCCUCCGUCAUGAAGGAGUUCAACUGUCACCAUGUGGUGCGUCUGCUGGGCGUGGUCUCCCAGGGCCAGCCCACCCUGGUCAUCAUGGAGCUGAUGACCCGAGGAGACUUGAAGAGCUACCUGCGCUCCCUGCGGCCUAAAGAGCAGACGGAGACCCUCUGCCUCCCUCCUCUGAAGAAGAUGAUCCAGAUGGCCGGAGAGAUCGCCGAUGGCAUGGCCUACCUACACGCCAACAAGUUCGUCCACAGAGACCUUGCCGCCAGGAACUGCAUGGUGACCAACGACUUCACCGUCAAGAUCGGAGACUUUGGCAUGACCAGGGACAUCUAUGAGACCGAUUAUUACCGUAAGGGAGGUAAAGGACUGCUUCCUGUCCGCUGGAUGUCCCCAGAGUCCCUGAAAGACGGAGUCUUCACCACCAACUCGGACGUCUGGUCGUUUGGCGUGGUGAUGUGGGAGGUGGUGACCCUGGCGGAGCAGCCCUACCAGGGGAUGUCCAACGAACAGGUCCUCCGCUUCGUCAUGGACGGGGGAGUCCUGGAGAAACCAGAGCACUGUCCUCACCUGAUAUUCGAGCUCAUGCGUCUCUGCUGGCAGUUCAACCCCAAGAUGCGCCCGUCCUUCCCGGAGAUCAUCGGCAGCGUGGAGGAGGAGCUGCAGCCCUCCUUCAGGGACCUCAGCUUCUUCUACAACCAGGCCACCCACACAGACACGCCCCCCACCCCCGCCCCCUCGCUGGCCCAGAGCCCCCAGACGCCUGGCUCCGCCCCCUCCACGCCGGCCCCGCCCGCCUCUACCGCGGACAUACAGCCGGCGGCCAACGGGGAGACGGGGGCGGGACACAGGCUGCCGUCGCCCGAGGAGUUGCCGUCGUACGCCCACAUGAACGGACGCAAGAACAACUGUUGACUGAACCCCCCACAAACCCCCCACCCCUCACAGACAUAAACACUUCCUCCGCUCGGAGGGAGGAGAGUUACUUUCUCUCGUUCUCAGAGAGUCUUAAGAUGCUGAGCUACGGGGGCAUGUCUUCAGUCAGACCCUCCAGUAGAGGCCGUGAAACACAGAUGGUAGUUCUGCCUUAUUGUUGCCAAAAUGUAUCCUCCAUGUUUUUUGGGGGGGGGGCGGGGGUGUGUGUCUGACCCCCGUCAUCCGGUUCGACCCCGAUUCUCCUUUGUCACCAUAGAGACCGGGUUUCAGAGCUUGACGCACCAAGUGCCCGACGGACGAGCUAUGAACCAUUACGAGCGCUCGACCCGGACAGGGCGUCCACCAUGAAGAAACACUCCGGGAAUCGAUCCACCAUGGGAGAGGUCCGAACCGCGAACCCUCUGACAUGACCAGAUCCGUGUCACCACUCCACCCCUACAGAGUGUCUGAGCCCAGAGACAGUGCAGAGUUCAGCACUCCAGAGAAGCACUCCACUCCCUGUGGAUCUACAGCCAGAUCACCACUACUCUACUUCCUGCCUUUACCUGGGGUUUUGUGUCUACAAAAUCUGCUGCUAUCUCCUCCCCCUUUCUUCCCGUUUUUUGGUUUCCGGUCUCAACUCAAACCUAAAGCCGAGCGUUUCGGCCGCGUGGGACCUGGGCUCGUCGGAGAGCGAUGUCGUCUGUGAGGUGGCGCCCCUUCAUGUGAAGGCUGUGUCUUCGUCCUCCCAUAAGCGUGGCUGGCAAUUAUCAUCCUCCUCGUCAUCGUCAACCUCCUUAAGGCCGUGGUCCAGAAGUGAGGUUCG